CAAACACCGUAUUAGUAUGGUGGUCCUAAUAAUCCUUUAGGUGAGUGUAAAUAAAUUGACAUUGACAGACUCCGCUCCGUUUUGUGAACUCCGCACUGGCCCCUACUGGCGGCAACAGGAGUUAGCAGUCUGCGUAUCACAGCGAACCUUGUCACUUUGGCCCAACCUGGGACAAACAAUGGGUUGAGUACUCUGCGGUUGGUUGGUACACAGGAAGACAACAAGAGGACCAAGUCGACGUCUUGUGUUUCUGGUUAGGGUUUAGUCCGUAGUAUUUUCCUCGGACCCUCGGCGUGAGCAACUCGAAGUUUGAGGAAGUGGAGGAGGAUGCCGAACGAACGCACGCCCGCGCCUUCCAUAAACACAUUGAAAACCAAAACUAAACAGUAAGACGAAGAAAAACAAAUCCAAGUUCUGUUCGUGCUCUCGUCAUGCUGGCUCUUGCGGUCUUGAUUCUCACUCACACGAUGAGUGCCGCCAGCUUCCCAGAGGAGGAAGAGGUGGAGGUGGCGCGGCUGGGCGUAGAUAUCGACGCGGAGCCCCUGGCCAUCGUCAACGAGCGCUUCCUUUCAGUGGCCAUCGAUGCCAGUUUAGCAGGCGACGAGAAGUUCAUCAGCAUUCUGGGAUCUCAAAAGCUGAGGACGCUUGCAAAAGGCUUGGCUCCUGGUUACUUACGAUUUGGUGGAACAAAAGCAGACUUCACUGUCUUUCUUCCAGAUGCUAAUCAUGUCAAAGCACAACUCUGGGAAUAUAAAUUUAUUUUCCAAAACAAAUCAGCUGAUAAUUGCUACAAGAGCAUUCUACCUUAUGGGGCAGAGAAAUAUUUGAAAAAUGAGUGGCUAUUGCAAGAUGAACUCAUACUGAGAAAUGAAAAUCAAAAUAUCUUCAACUAUCAAACAAUUUCAGGAUCUUCAGUGGAUAUGCUGUAUGCAUUUGCCAGUUGCUCAGGGUUUCAUCUGAUCUUUGGCCUGAAUGCUUUACUGCGAAAUGACAACAAUGUUUGGAACAGCUCUAAUGCUGAGCAGCUCCUGAAGUACUGUCAGUCAAAGCAGUAUAGAAUAUCAUGGGAGCUGGGCAAUGAACCCAACAGCUUUGAGAAGAAGGCUGGGAUAAAAGUUGAUGGAUCCCAGCUAGGAAAAGAUUUUAUUCACCUUCAUAAUAUUCUGCAGAAAUACCCACUGUUUCAGAGCUCCAGCCUUUAUGGACCUGAUGUAGGUCAGCCACAAAAGCACAGAAGGAAACUUCUUAAUGGGUUUAUGAAGGCUGCAGGAAAAGUGAUAAAUGCUUGCACAUGGCACCAUUACUAUGUUGAUGGGAGAGACACAUCGCUAGAUGAGUUCCUCAGUCCUGCUGUAUUGGAUAGCUUUGCCGUCAAGUCUAAAGACGUUUUUCAGAUGGUUGAAAAAAUAGUACCUGGCAAAAAAGUGUGGCUUGGAGAGACAGGGUCUGCCUUUGGUGGUGGAGCUCCGGGGCUAUCGGACACAUAUGCUGCUGGCUUUAUGUGGCUUGAUAAACUUGGACUGUCUGCAAAACUUGGCAUUGAUGUGGUAAUCAGGCAAGUUUUUGUUGGAGCUGGCUCUUAUCAUUUGGUGGAUUCUAAUUUUGACCCAUUACCUGAUUAUUGGCUUUCACUGCUUUACAAGAAGCUAGUAGGCCCCGAAGUGCUGAACGUUACCAUAUUCACACAUGAUGGAGACCAGAACAGGCACCUUCGGGUGUAUAUGCAUUGUACUCGGAACAACAGUACAAACUUCAAGAGUGGAGACGUCACACUCAUUGCCUUAAAUCUGAGUAAGAAGACCACAACCAUUCAUCUACCUGAAUACUUUUUUUCAAAAAGAAUCGAUGCUUACCAGUUAGAACCUGCUGGAGAAGGAGGAUUAUCUUCAAGGAAUAUACAACUAAAUGGAAAGCUGCUGGUGAUGGUUGAUGAGAGAACUUUGCCGGAAUUGACAGGAUCCACCUUGCCAGUGGGAAGUCCUCUUCAGAUCCCAGGCUUCACGUUUGCAUUUUAUGUCAUAAGAGAUGCUAAUGUUUCAGCUUGCAAAUAGUGCUUCAUUUUUAUUUGUAAAUAUGUCGCAUGAAGGUACUGUACAAAUAAGACUUAAAGUUAUGUUUUAAAUAUUAAGGGUUUAGUUGCUUGUGUGAACGAUACUAAAUUGCUAAAUACGAGAACGUUGUAAACCAAAAAUUUUAUCUAAUGUGUCCGGGGAAAAAUGUUGAAAGGAUGCAAUUAAAUUUUAUAUAGUGCCCCACUUUUAAACUCGAUAAAAUCAAAUGUGUGAUUAACAGCAAACUUAAAGGAUACUUAAUAAUACUUAAUAAUACUUAAUGGUAUUUUGAUAAUUACUCCGUGUGUUUUGUAGUGAUGGCGAGAAAAACUUUUAAUCUCAUGUUUUCAUUAAGAAUGUAAAAAGUUUAUGAUAUAAUACAAGCCAAUGUGGAACAAUGCUGUACAAUGACAAGUGAUGUGAAAAAUGUUCAUGGAUUAAAAAAAAGACUAGAAAAGGGAGGCAUGCCGUGUUAUACAGCCUUUUAUUAAUUGAAACAAUAGGAAUUUAGCAGAGACACAAACAGGAGCUCAACAAAGUUAAUUUAAAAUAACAAUUAAGGAAAUCUGACCCAACUCUAAAGAAGCUCUGCAUAGUUCCCAGUAAAGAAAAUUUUAUUUUUUAUUUUCUCGUAUACAAAGUAUAGGGAAAGUAAUGUAAUCGUCCAAAAAUUCAACCUCGAGAUUUUGAUGAAUCUCUGUGUUUUUGACCUCUCUGAGUUCUCUCUGAAUUAUGUCUGUGUGUGUGUGUGUGUGUGUUUGCGUAAACACGAUAACUUGAAUACGCUUUCACUUAGGUCACCAAAUUUUGCAUUUAUGUAUUAGGUACAAAUCGUAGAUUUCUAUCAACUUUUGGGCUAUUUCCUUUAUCCAGAAGUUGUACUUUACUUGUAUCCAUAGAGCUCCAGAGUCCGAUUUAUUCAACUUUCCUUUUAUAAUAACUGUUCAAUAUAUUACUAAUUUGAUUUAAUUUGCUGUUGA